AUGUGGGAAAUCACCUUUCUCCUCUCCAUCUCCUCCUGCCCCGACUCUCCUCAGUACGAGCGGUACCUGCGUUUCGGGGCAGAGCAGUGCGUCCUGUCCCUUGGGGGCCUCCUCUGUCCUGGUCCUGGCUGCGGAGCGGGACUCAUGGCUCAGGACAGAAGAGUGGAGUGUGACAUUCGAGCCGGAUGUGGCCUGGUGUUUUGCAGAGACUGUUGCCAAGACUACCAUCUGGGGGCGUGUCCUGCCGUUGAGGGGGAGGGGCCAGACAUAGGAGCCCCGCUCACUCCACAGGGGUUUGCUGUGGACACUGAGGCGUCUCUGCGGUCGCGCUGGGACAGAGACUCACUGCUGUUCAUCAAAGAAUCCACCAAACCCUGUCCCCAGUGCAGCGCUCCUGUUCAGAAGAACGGAGGCUGCAGUCACAUGCGCUGUCCUCUGUGUCAGGCCGAGUGGUGCUGGAGAAACGCAGCCGGCUUCAGCACGUGUGUGGCUCAGAGCAGGGUCAGAGCCGGGUCAGAACCAGACCUGACAAAGAGUCUAGAGUCUGGUUCAAAUGAGAUGGACGGUGUUGGAAUGAACAGCUCCCAGGGCUCGAUGCUCAGGGGAGUGGAGAAUCCAGGUCUGGAGAUGGAAAUGACACAAGCAGGUUCGUCAAAAGAGGGAAAUAAGGACAAAACUCUGGGCGCUGCACAGAGCUUCACGACGGUUCGAGCGGUGGUGAAGUCUGCUGCUCGCUGGGCCUCAUACUCCUGCGGCCGAUGGAGACAGAGGAAGAACAAACUGGGGGUGAAGCCUGAGGAGCGAUACAGAGGCUUAUCCCAGGACACAGAGGACGAGCUGGACUCAAACCUGAAGCAGGACCCAACCCAAGACCUGGACCAGGACCAGACCCAAACUCAGAACAGACACCUCAAUAGGAGACUUCUGAACCACUUUAGAGAACUGGCAGCUCACAACCAAGACACUGAUCAGGUGGACCUGGAUCUUCUGGAUGAGCUGCUCUCACAUGGAGCUAACCCCAACACCAGCGACUGCUUUGGGCAGACGGUUCUUCACGAGAUCUCUCGUGCCUGGAGUGUAGAUGUGAUGAGGUUCUUCCUGGAUCGUGGCUCAGACCUGCUGACUCCAGAUCAGUUUGGAGUCACGCCGCUUCACGUGGCCUCAGCGCUGGACUACAGUGACAUGGUUCUGUUUCUGCUGCAGAGACACGCCGAUCCGGACAUGGGCACAUCUCUCUCUCAGACUGCUCUGCACUUUGCUGCUAAGUGUGAUGCUGUGCAGUCAAUUCGACUCCUGGUGCAACACGGAGCCUCUCUGAGCGCUGUGGACUACAAGCUUCGAACGCCUCUGCAGCUCGCCGCCAACAUGGAGCGCAGUGCAGCGGCGCGCACACUGCUGGAGCUCGGUGCGGAGGCGGGACUUACAGACUGUGACGGACAGCUGUGCAUCACUGCUCUCAUCAGCCACAUGUCUCCUGUGGCCGAGUUGGCUCUGGGUCAGUUCCAUGCGCAGGACUCCAUCAGCAGACAGCAGUUCUUUCACCUAAACCUCCUGGAGCCAGAGCCUGUCGACCCGCUCAGUGCUGAGGCUGAUCUGAGGGACCCCACUUCUCCUCUGGAGGUGGUCGUGCAUCAGGGGAAACUGGACCUCAUCAUGAACCCGGUGUUCCUGAAGCUCAUUGAGGUUAAAUGGGAACUCUACGGCCGAAAGGGGGCGUGGCUUCUGCUUGUCCUGAACUUCCUGUUUAACGUUUCCUGGACGACAGUGGCCAUUUCUGUGUCUGUGACGAGAGGCUCCACUCAGAGAUACGUCCUGCCGCAGGACUGGUGGCGUGUGCUUCUGGCUGUCAUCGCUCUUCUCUUCACUGUGGAGGAAGUGCUCCGGGAGGUGAUUGACAUCCGUCGCUCAAACAGGAAGCUCCGCCUCCAGAGGAAGUGGACAAAGCGUCGUAUCCGUGACGACCUGCAUGGGUGCCAUCCCAUGUGGCCCCAGGACCGAGUUUUCCUCCAAGACCAACUCAAGUCUGCUCAGAACAUGAGAGGAAACUACAGCCGCGACCUCUGGAACCUCUCUGAUUGGCUGGUGUACGCCCUGCUGGGGGUGUCCGCCGCGGUGCAUGUGGCUGACGUGAUCCGGCCGUCGGUGUCGCUGCACGUGUCCAGUCUGCGGCUGUUCUCUGUGGCCAUCAUCUUCCUCUGGCUGCGCCUCAUGAAAUACGUGCGAGCUUUUAGGCUCAUGGGGCCCUUCAUCGUCAUGUUGGGGAACGUGGCCGGGGACGUGAUGCGGUUUCUCUUCUUGUAUCUGGAAAUCUUCAUCCCCUACGCCUGCAGUUUCUGGAUCAUCUUUGGAGGGUGGGUGCCAGGUCUGGAGACAGUGGGGGACCUCCUCUUCACGCUCUACAGGAUGACCCUGGUGGAUGAGUACGACUACGCCUCCAUGAAGGGCCGGGACCCCGUCAUGGCGCCGCUGCUCUGUGGGACCUUCCUCGCCGCCUCCUCCAUCCUGUGCGUCAACCUGCUCAUCGCCAUGGUGACCGACACCUUCCAGAGGGUCCACGAUCAGUCCCAGGCCAACGCGCUCAUGCAGCAGGCCGCGGUCGUGCUCCAGCUCCAGGACUCGCUGCCGCUGCUUCGCCGCUUCUAUGACCCGCGCCACAUCGCUCUGAAGUGCGCACCACUCGUACAGGGAGACCACGGCCCCGCCCCCACGCACAGCCACGCCCACUACCGUGCACGCACUCUCAUCACCCGGCAGGUCAAAGAAACACUGGAUGAUUUUCUAUCUCUGCAGCGACAGGCGUCAGGAAUCUCGACGCCUCAGGACCAACAGUUUAAUGCGAACGAGGAAAUGAACUCAAUCCGGUCCGAGCUCCGGGAACUGAAGGCUCUGGUGCAACAGCUGCUGCAGAACAACAGCUCGGAGAAUGCUACAGUUCCUUCAAAAUAA